AUGGUUGAGGAAAUGUUCCCCUCUUGGAUCAAAAAGAGAAAGAGAGAUCCACGGUCAACAGUGGUCGAGAAUAAGAGCACAAAAAGGAGAAAGAGAACAAAUACAUCAUGGUCAUCAUCAAAGUGGUCCGAGCUUCAACCAGAAUUGCUGGAGAUGAUUAUAAAAAGACUCUCUUUCGUCGGCAUGCUUCGUUUCAAAGCUGUCUGUUCUUCUUGGAACUCCAUUGCACGAUCCUACGCUGCUUCGAUUAUAAACCAAACUCCAUGGCUCACUCUCCCUAGUGAUGAUGACCACACUCGCCGCUUCUAUAGCCUUGAAGAGAAAAAGGUUUACACUGUUAAGAACUCGUUUCAAGACUUUCCUGGUGCUAGCUGGUGUGUGGGUUCAUCUCAUGGGUGGUUGGUGAUUUUGGACGAUCCAAACAAUAUCCCACAUCUGUUUAAUCCGAUUUCUGAAAAUAGAUCAAUGGAGCUCCCACAUAUCCCAAGUACUACAAAUUCCUUGCUUGGUUCCCCUCCCUUCUACCAUGUUGCUAAAGCUGUCCUCUCCUCCGACCCGUCUUGCAACAACAACUUCUCCGCUGCAAUAAUCUACGGUAUCCAACCAUCAAGACUUGCAUUCUACAAUCAUGGAGACGAGGAAUGGACCGACUUAAAUGGUGAGCAUCAAGAAUAUUGUGACAUUAUAUUCCACAAUGACAAAUUAUUUGCAUUGGCCGACAAUGGAUGUGUUGAAGCUUGGGACUUUAGGAAACCCUCUCCCAAAAAGAUAAUAAAUCUUCAACCUGCUUCUGCCAAAGAGUUGGAUCUGGAUUACACUUCCAAUCGCGACAAGUUUUCCACAAAUACUUACUUGGUGGAGUCAUCGGAUGAGAUAAUGUCUGUGGUGCGGUGUAUAGGGAACUUUGUCAAUGAGGAGGGCAAAGCUAUCCAUGAGAUAGACGUUCCUGACGAGCCCUACAGUCCUUGUCCCUAUAGGACAUUGCAAUUUUAUGUCUUCAAGCUAAAUUUUGCGGCGAACAAGUGGGAGAAGGUGGAGUGUUUGCCUAACUGUGCUUUGUUUUUGGGCGGUAGCCAGUCAAUAUCAUUGUCCACUAAAGAUGUUUCAGGGUGCGAAGAAAACUCAAUUUACUUCACAGAUGAUCGUUGGGAUGAGAUAGAACUGCUUGGUGAUACUGACUCCUAUGGCGGCCAUGACAUGGGAGUGUACAACUUAGAAGACAAAGUCGUGAAGCAAUUUUAUCCAUUUGAUAAAUGGAGAAUUGAUCCACCACCUUUUUGGAUUGUUCCUAGUCCAUGGUGA